CUCUGGCUCCUUCCAGCUCAGGAAGACUUUGUGUCGCUGGCCGAGUUAGAGGAUUCCUUGUUGAGGAACCUUUUCAGGGGUUACCAGAAGUGGGUGCGGCCUGUCCAGCAUGCCAAUGACACCAUCACUGUACGCUUUGGACUCAAGAUCUCACAGCUGGUUGAUGUGGAUGAAAAGAACCAACUGAUGACUACAAAUGUCUGGCUCUGGCAGGAGUGGGUUGAUGUGAAGCUGAAGUGGAACCCAGAUGACUAUGGAGGUAUAACCUCCAUCAGAGUGCCUUCAGAGACAAUAUGGCUGCCUGACAUUGUCCUGUAUGAAAAUGCGGACGGUCGCUUUGAGGGUUCCCUGAUGACCAAAGCCAUUGUGCGCUGGGAUGGUACUAUAACAUGGACUCCACCUGCCAGCUACAAGUCCUCCUGCACCAUGGACGUCACUUUCUUCCCCUUCGACCGGCAAAACUGCUCCAUGAAGUUUGGCUCCUGGACUUACGAUGGAAACAUGGUGGACCUGGUCCUGACGGAUCACUAUGUGGACCGUAAAGACUUCUUUGAUAAUGGAGAGUGGGAGAUCCUCAAUGCCACAGGAGUAAGGGGAAGCAGGAGGGAUGAGGUGUACUGGUACCCAUUUGUCACCUACUCCUUCAUCCUCAAGAGAUUGCCCUUGUUUUACACCCUCUUCCUCAUCAUCCCAUGCCUCGGCCUCUCCUUUCUGACUGUACUGGUGUUUUAUUUGCCAUCAGACGAAGGAGAGAAGCUGUCACUUUCCACAUCUGUGUUGGUGUCACUCACUGUGUUCCUCCUGGUAAUAGAAGAAAUCAUCCCUUCAUCCUCAAAGGUGAUCCCACUGAUCGGAGAAUACCUGCUCUUCAUCAUGAUCUUUGUCACUUUUUCCAUCAUCGUCACCGUCUUUGUCAUUAACGUCCACCACCGUUCCUCUGCUACUUACCACCCAAUGGCCCCCUGGGUAAAGACCCUCUUCCUUCAGAGACUGCCCAGACUGCUGUGUAUGAGGGGGCACACAGACAGAUACCACUUUCCAGAUAUGGAGAUGCGCAGCCCGGAGCUGAAACCCCGAAGAGGUGCUGGGAGGAGGGGGGUUCCUGGCCACAGUGGCGGCCAGCAGAGAGGUCCCCUUGCAGGGAAGGAGGACGAGCACCAAGCCUGGCUGGCCAUGCUGGAGAAAGCAACAAAUUCAGUUCGCUACAUCAGCCGUCACAUCAAAAAGGAGCACUUCAUACGAGAGGUGGUACAGGACUGGAAGUUUGUGGCUCAGGUGUUGGACAGGAUUUUCCUGUGGGCCUUCCUCACAGUGUCAAUACUAGGAACUGUCUUAAUCUUCACCCCUGCUCUGCAGAUGUACCUCAGCACACCUUGAUGAACACACACAAAGUCACAAAUAUUCUCCAACAGCUCAUUCCUGUUUUCCCGUUUGUCUUUGACUAUUAUUUAUUGAUAAAGCUCAAUAAAACAUUUGCACUGUAUAUUUCUAUUGUAGAAUCAAACUUUUACCUCCCUACAGUAUGGUCUGCAGCCUGUAAUGACUACUGGAAACUGUAAUGUUCUAUAUGCAACUUGUCAGUCAUUAUAAGGUGCAUGCACAGGAGCGCAAAGGAGUGAAAGCAAUAAGCAGGUUAUAGUAGCGUGUAUGGUUUGAAUAUCCAUGUUUGUAUAACUGUAACAUUGUUAUUAUACAUGCAACAACAUGCACAAUGUCACUCCAUGAAUAAUGAGUU